AAGCACAGCUGCAUUUCUCGUCCUCGAGUUUAGUGGUCAAGGUUCAAACCAGUAACAAAAGGGCGCGUCCCGAACGUAGACGGCGAAUUUACAGCUGCCUAGGAAUGCCUUCCUAAAUGUCAGCUUCGCCGACGCGCUCGCUCUAGGCGCACUGUUUCACAUUUAGCUGCGGCGCGGUCUCUUGCUUCCUGGCUCUCUGUAAGCAUUGUUCGAGGCGAGCUCCGCUCAGAUCAGACUUUCACCGGCAGUACCGCAGGUAGUGAGUGACGUCUCGCAUCGUCACUUCCUCCCUGCCCUUUCUCUCAAGCACACGACGUAGUCGACAGCCAGAUACAAUCGCUGUUUCAUUGUGUUCAAGACGAGCGCCCCGUGUGUGUGUGUGUGUUGUGGAACAAAGUCGCGUGCAGCUGUUAACAAACACCGCGCGGCACGCCUCAGAUAAUGAAGCGCGCUCGAACCGGUGGCUCGCUGAGCCGAGUUUUCGCAGUUUUGAUCUUCGUGUGCUGCGCGUCGGCGCUGGUGACUGGAGCUCCGCCUCCUGCCGCCAGAGACAAUCGUAUCGACACUGGGUCAGAUACCGAUGACGAAGAUCAGAACGCCGGCGUUUUAUCUGGAAAGAAUUACAAGAAAGCUCACGUCAACGUCAUUGAGGCGCCUACCGCCAAGGACUGGACGAGUCCAACGACGACAACAACCACGACGACGACCACAACGACGACGCGAAAACCCAGCAUCUCGGUCGUCUCCGUGACGAAGAAGGUGGAGGUGGUCGUCGUGUACGAGUCGCACUGCCCCUACAGUCGGCGCUUCAUAUACGGUCAGCUCCUGCCCACUUACCAGAAGAUGGGCAAAUUCAUGAACCUCACCAUCUUGCCGUUCGGCAAGGCCCACGUCGACAACGUCAGCGCCCCGGUGCCACACUUCACCUGUCAACACGGUUCGAACGAAUGCAUGGGCAACAUGAUCGAGACUUGCGUCGUGCACGUCGUCAAGAAGCAGAUGACCGUCGUGAAGAUCUUGGCUUGCAUGUCCCAGAGCUAUCAGCCGCAUCUGGCGGGGCAGAAGUGUGUCGAAGGCACGGGAGUCAAGUGGUCGGAGAUCCAAGAAUGCGUGACCAAGAAGGGAACCCGCUACCUGCUCGAAACCGGGUUGGAGACGUGGAAGAUACAGCCUUACGUCUCCCGGGUCCCGCUGGUCGUCGUCGACGGAGAGAAGGACAACUACGUCGAGUACUACGCCCAAAAGGAUUUCAUGAAGCUGAUGUGCGAGCACAUCUCGUCCGACGCGUACAGCGUUUCGCCCUGUGCUGCCUCGGGCAAGUGAUUUUGUGGCCGGGCUGCGCAGGCUAACCCAUUCCGCAUCGCUUGCAGGAAGUAUACGUGGAAUACAGGAAGUGAUGGGCAGUCAUCUGGAAAUACGUGUCCCUUCUCGAAAACGACUCCUUUCCUUCGUCUGUAGAUUCCUCUUUUUUGCUUCUUUCUUUUGCGUGAAACGUCUAUGCCAUCACUUUAAUCCGCACUGACGACGACUAUACGCUGCCCAGUAACGUGCUCGGCCUGUCAUCGACGUUGCAGUUCGCGCCGUGAACGUCACUGGAUCGCUUGACUUGAUCAGGUGGAGACGCUCAGGCAGCGGCAUUUUAGAACUGUCGAGUUGGCUAUUUUGAUAUGUGAUGAUCGCUGCAGCUCUGUUAAAAUACUUUCGCACCCAGUGCAAUAAUUCCUCAGGUGUGUCGCGCAUUUUUUUUUUUUUUUUUUUUUUACGGAAUCUACUAGGAUUCCGUAGAAAUUUCGCAUUUCUACCGCAGUAAUAUCGCGGGAAACACACGGGAUCAUUGGACUGUGCAUACGGCGUGUUUUUGAAACGAGAAUUUUCCUUUGUACGUUGACCACCGACCAUAACGCUAAUUUGCUUUUGUAGUCUGUUUAUGGCUUUGCAGUGUUGUGGAGGUUAGUUAUGGCGUAUCACCUUGUCAGUAGCGUACCUCACAAAACUAUUCACAUGAUAGAAUUUUUGGCGAUUCGUUGAUUCCUCCAUGGUAUCGCGUUGCUGGAAACUGUGAAUGGCCAGUUUAGUAGCAUGCAGGAACCGGUGGUCAGAUCCAGGUUUGAUUCUUACAUGGUCAGAUCCAAGUUUCAUUCUGUUUAUGGCUUUGCAGUGGGUACUUUGGUGUGUUUAUUUCUUUGCAGUGUAAAGACGUGUACUCACAUACACGCGCUAGUUGUAAAAAUGCACAUAUGUAGAAUGAUAUUUUGUUGUAAAAGAGGUAAGCGGUCGUAGUCAUUAACUGCAUGAAGACAUCUGCAGUCAUUGACUACGACCGCCUACCUCUUUUAGAACAAAAUAUCAGUAAAUUAAACGUAGUACUGAAAGUGCUGAUAUAUAAAAUACUAUAUGACAGGGCUAAUUGUGAAACUCGACGCACAUUAAAAAGACAUCAAGGGAAGAGAACGUAAACGCAACAAAAUAGUCAAUAGCCAUUUGCAGCAACAAUUACUUAGCCCUGUUUUAACAACAGGCAGAGCCGAAGGCGAAUGCUUUUAGAGAUCCCAAACAACGCCGGUUUAAUCUUAGAUGAGAAGAAUUUGUGAGUUCUACUACUGAUGUGUUUGAAGCUUAUCGUGAGUAUAGACGGUCGUAGAUUGUAUGUUGACUUCACAAAGACCGCUUUGUUUUCUUAUUGCUUUUUUGUUUUAAAUAUAAAGUCUGCAUACUGACUAUAAAUAAAAGUCGUUAACAAGUCUGCUUACUUUGUUUUAUUGUGGACUGUACGCUUCCGAAAGGGUUGCCCGAUGAAAAAUAUAAGUUCAUACGUCGCAUAGCCAGAAAAAGCAUGUAUAAAUUUUAGUAGGCUGUCACAAAAAAAAAAAAAAUGGCUAGGGAGCUUUAUCUUCAGCAAAACUACAUCGUUUUGUUACGCCAUGGUGGAAGCGGAAGAUUAGAGCUGCCAGCUGCCGCGUUUGGAGAAAGGGUUAUGCCCGCUCCUGUUCGUAGUUAGAAGCGCGUUGGGAAAGAGUGAAAGUGUCACCGUCUGGUCACUGAUUCUGUCACCUCUGCUGACGCUUACAGAACAAUUUGCGUGUGACGUGUCAUUUCCUGCGCGCUGCCAGUGUCGUCUGCUUUCUUCACGCAGACGCAGAAGUUUUCAAAUAACUUUGACAGUAGCCGAGAAAUGCUAUGACGUCACUAGAUGUGGAGAAAUGUCCUAAAAAACCAUGAUAAGGCUAAAGCAUCGCGUACUGCCUUUUAAUGUCACGACUCACGAGGUUUAAGGAGGGGGUUUGCAGUAAUAUUCGCCUGUCGUAACCAUGCGUGAUGAGGGGAGGCUAGUGCACGUGGUUACUACAUUGCCUCAGAGCGGCAUCCGAUGCCUUCGGUCACCACAAUUUAUCGCCACGCGUUACAUCGGGGCAAGCAACGGAGCUGUUUUCGAGAAGGGGAACUUUUAUUCUUUAUGUUGUUCUACAUGCAUUGUGUGUUAUCUGAUUGCGGGCUCUAGUUAACAAUUCCAGCGGCAGUUCCAGCCGCUGCUGCCCUUAACGUACGUCCGUUCUAGUUAAACCUGGUUUGUGAUAUUUGCUCUAGCCGCGAUCGCACGCAGUCGCGGCUUUAAAGAGAUGCCAUUGAAACACAGUAAAUCAGUUACAGACUGGUAUAAUAUUCUUCUAAAACGUCAUUUACAUUUCUUUCGCGAGGAAGGGUUGGUUGGGAGCGGAGGGACGCCUGAACUUCCCUCUCUUGAAUUUCGCGUCCAAUCAGCAGCGUCCAUGACGUCAACGUGAGGUGAACGUGACAUCACGUAUUGCAGGUGAUAUUUAAUUAUUUUCAGGCUGUUCUUGCCCAGAAAUAGUUCCCCACUGUUGCCAUGUCGAGUAUAUUUUUCUUACUUGCUGGAGAAUACAAUGUUAUUUGUCUUUAUAAUUAAGCAAUUUCCCAGUAAACGCUGUGAAAAGCCACGACGUCAUAGCGGCCUGUUGCGGCAAUCUGAAAAAGUGGUGACAUUAUUUGGCAACGCCACGAGUCAUUCGUUCUCACACGUUCUUUUCUGGCUUAUGAAGCUUCAGCUAACUUAUGAGAUUGACGUAUCCGGAAAUUCCAAAGUGAGUCGAAAUAUCCGGCUUAGCUCGACAUUUCUUCGUCAAGCUAACGUCUGAUAAUCUGAAAAACUGGCAAAAUGAAUGGCGUUAAUGUUCUUUUUUUUUCAUGUUACUUGGGGCACUGCUCAUUUAAAUUUUCUCAUCAAAAUAGGUUAUUAUGCGCCAGGCUUGCCCGAAAAAAAAGUACUAAGAGAUGAACUGCUGAGUGCAUGCUUUUCUGCGUAGUUUCCUGCAUAAAUUAUCAGAGGGAACUCUGGCACAAAUUAAUGCAUACGCGAGCUGCAAGUAGUUGGCGCGGUUGUUUAGUACAGUACGUUAUACACUCGAUCUCGCUCAUAUAGCUGAAUAUAAAUGUUAGGAGUUCAGGGGUGGUGUGGCGCACAUUUGCGGAAAUAAUAAAAUCGAAAAAUUAACGAUUUUUAUCUUGUUUUUGUUGCUGUAUGUUUUUGAUGAUGUGUUUAAGAUGCAAUAAAAAAGGUAAAUUUUCAGAUUACAAAAAUUAAUUUGUGUCUGAAAGGGGUAAUUUGCAGUUCCAGCCACCGUUGUAAGUUUGGUGUUUUAUGUCACCGAAUAUUUUUUUUUUUUUUCAAAUUACCCCUCUCCUAAUUUGCUGCACGCUUGCUCUAAACAAAGUGAAGAAAGGUGAACCACUCAGGGAAUAUGACAGGUGAACACUAAAAUUGCUUUCAAGAGGCUGUUGUGGCUAAACACACAGGCCUCGCACAAAAUUGUCCAAUGAGACUAAAUAUUCAGCGUGAAAGCUACUUAAUACAUAUUAACACGUUAGAUCCGAAUCCGCAUAUCACGAGUAAUCAUUACUUGAAAACGAAUUCGGUGUUCCCUGUAAUACUGCCCACGACUGUGCAUAAGAACACUGCGGUUUUGCGUAUUUUCGUCUGUUUGCCGUAAAAUGCAGUUGCCAUUUCUGUACUGCACCAAUAAAUGUUUGCGAUUCACAGUCAACUGAUCGAGAUACGCUUGAAAGAUAAUUUCUUUUACUCUUUUUUUUUGGCUGUAAGGACAUCGAUCUUGCACAUCAAUAUAUUUUGUCACGUUGUAAUGACGGUGAACAACGAGGCAGUACUGCUGAAGUUGUUCGCUUAUUUCUAUCUUUUAUUUUGUUAGCUCAGGUCUUGCCGAUCUAAGUUGGUCAAGAAACAAAUAGCUAACGUAGCUGUAUGUCUGCAUGCAUUACAAUAGUCUUGCUUUCACCUAUAUUGAUUAUGAUCUUUAAACGUCUAUAUAUAGGUUGAAAAAUUUGCAAGAUGCAGGUUAUUUUGAAGUACUGACAUUCGUGUUUGCAAGACCUUAGCGAAGGAAGUAAAAGGCAAAACUGAGGGAAGAACUUGCCGAAGGGAGCAAGUCUAAACGACCGCAAAAAAAAAAAAAAAAAAAAGGGGGGGGGGGGGGGGCACUCACUUUGUAUGUGCAUGAGAUGGCGCAUAAUUUGAAUCAUGUUGGUUCUGGGUGCAAAAACUGAUCUCUCUUCUGAACACAAAAGGGGAGCGCUGAGUACCUGUUAUGAAAUUAAUGUAGCUAAGUGCAACCUGCUUUUUACAGGCUGAUUUGCCAUGGUUUUUGAACAGCUCGGCACGUCUCGGACGGCCGCUAUUUUGCUCCUUCUGUUACUGUUAUGUUUUGGUGCUAUGACUACUUAACUAUAAGUACGUCGUAUACUGGUUAUGUUGCAUUCUUGAUAUGUACUUCUGAUUUACUUUACUUGUUCAAAUAAA